AUGUCUGGCAAUUUCAGAGCCAGGCGCCCUGCUUCGCCGCCUCCAGGGACCAGCCAUACUGCUGCGGGCGCGCCAACCUUCACUUCCCAGCGCUUUCCACAUCCACGCGAAGACCACCUAGACGCAGACGAGCGGCGGAUCGCCGCCUCGAAAGGAUUCGCUCCAGGGCGCACGAAGAACUACCCUUCAGGCGGGUUGAAUCUGACGAUGGGCGAAUGGAAGUUGCUGUUUUUCAUUGUGCUGCUAGCAGCGGGAGUGCGAUUGUUCAGGCUGAGCAAGCCGAAUAGUGUUGUCUUCGACGAGGUGCAUUUCGGCAAGUUCGCGAGCAAGUAUAUCAAGACGCAAUACUUCGUAGACGUCCAUCCACCGCUAGCAAAGUUGUUGAUCACCCUAGCGGGGUUUGUGUUUGGAUACGAUGGCCAAUUCGACUUCAAAGAGAUUGGAAAGACCUAUGAACAUGUUCCUUAUGUUGCAAUGCGUAUGAUGCCCGCGACAUUAGGUGUCGCCACUGUUCCCCUCGCCUACCUCACUCUUCGGAUGCUCGACUGUCGAGCAACCACGGCCCUCCUCGCGUCGCUAUUCGUCACCUUCGAGAACGGUAUGGUCACCCAGUCACGGCACAUCCUCCUUGACUCUCCUCUCAUUUUCUUCACGGCUUUGACUACGUUCAUGUGGUGCGGAUUCUGCAACGAGGACAAGCAUGGGCAUCAGUUCUCCAGCUCAUGGUGGACAUGGCUCACCCUUUCUGGUUUGGCGCUCGGUGCGGUUGUCAGCAGCAAGUGGGUUGGCCUGUUCACGAUCGCGACAGUCGGUGUUAGCACGGUUUAUCAACUGUGGAAUCUGUUGGGUGACCUGCGUAUCCCGCCGAAGCUGUUUAUUCGACACUUCGUAGCCAGGGCAGUCUGCUUGAUCGUCGUGCCUAUUGUGUUUUACAUGCUUAUGUUCUCGAUUCACUUCGCGAUUCUUGAGAACUCAGGUGAUGGGGAUGGGUUCAUGAGCUCGGAAUUCCAGCAUACACUCGGUGGGAGACAAAUGCAGGAUACCUAUGCCGAUAUUGCUAUUGGCUCUAAGGUCACCAUUCGUCACGUCAACACCCAAGGAGGCUAUCUACACUCGCACCCACAUAAUUAUCCCGGCGGCAGCAAACAACAACAAAUCACCCUUUACCCGCACCGCGACUCAAACAACGAAUGGAGAAUUUUCAACGCUACAGACCCCGACUUCGACUGGGAGAACGAACCCCUGCACUACAUUACUCCCGGCAUGCGCCUCAAAUUCCGUCACACCGCGACCGAAAAGCACCUCCACUCUCACGACAUGCGCCCGCCCGUCUCUGACGUCGAUUUCCAGAACGAGGUCUCCGCAUACGGCAUGGCCAACUUCGCCGGAGACGCGAACGAUGAUUGGAUUCUGGAGAUCGAGCGUGGCGACAAGAGGGACAAGGAAAGCACAAAGCGGUUGCGCACGAUCCGGACAGUGUUUAGGCUGAGGCAUAUCCUGACGGGGUGUUAUCUAUUCUCGCAUAAGGUCAAACUGCCGGACUGGGGGUAUGAGCAGCAGGAGGUAACGUGCAACAAGAACGCUGUGAAAGAUAAUUCGUUGUGGUUUGUAGAGACCGCGACACACCCCAAGCUGCCGGCCAAUGCGCCCAAGGUCAACUAUAAGCUCCCGGGCUUCUUCGGCAAGUUCUGGGAGCUUCAACGCGUUAUGUGGACGACCAACGCAGGCCUGACUGACCGCCACACUUACGACUCGAGACCUGAUUCGUGGCCCCGUCUCCGACGUGGAAUCAACUUCUGGGUCAAGGACCAUAGACAAAUUUACCUGAUCGGAAAUCCUCUAGUAUGGUAUCUUAGCACCCUCUCAGUGGCGGCAUAUGUUGCUGUGCGAGGCUUCUUGAUCUUGCGUGCAAAGAGAGGGUACAGGGACUUCGACAAUACCAAGGUCGCCAAGUACGACACGCUCUGCGGCUUCCUCUUCCUCGGCUGGGCACUGCACUACUUCCCCUUCUUCCUCAUGGGCCGUCAACUCUUCCUGCAUCACUACUUCCCCGCGUUGUACUUCGCCAUCCUCCUUUCUUGUUCGGUCUUCGACCUCAUCACCUCCACUCUUCGUCCGCGUGUCCGACUCCAGGUCGCUGCCGUCCUUAUCGUUUUGGCGAUUUGGAACUUCCAGCACUUGAGCCCAUUAGCGUAUGGCAGCACCUGGACAAGGGCGAAGUGCGAGAAGGCGAAGUGGUUAAAGACAUGGGAUUUCAGCUGUGGUGAUUUCUUCGAGACUUACGCGCAAUAUGAUGGCAUCACAGCUUCGACACCCCAGCAAUCGCAAGUCUUGCUAUCCACAAUAGGCGGCGAGGGACGCGCUCCCAUCGUUGUCGAACAUAAGAGCCCCCAAGGCCCCGAGAACGUGCAGACGGCGGCGGCGCUGGGCAAGGCCGAGCCUGGACGGGACGUCUUCGCUGGUGAACCCGUGAAGGACAUUAAGAGCGACACCGCUGGAGACGCGCCAAAAGGAGAGGAAGCUGCGAAGGAAAUCAGUUCAGUAUCUGCCCCAGCCAGCACUAACAAACCGGAGGUCAAGGAGAAGGACGAGAAGAUCGAUCCUGCUGGUGUGGACCCGGUUACUAAUCCCAGACCUGAGAAGCCAGCAGCGACGGAUUCAUCGACAACGACAACGACCGAGGCGAGACUUAAGGAGCCUGCUGGCCCACUAGGUGAAGCUGAGAUUGAGGCGAAGAAGGCCGCCGAGGAAUUAUUCCCCGACGCUGGCUAA